AGUCACAGAACAACGCGCUUCUGUAGAGCACUUCCGCCCGUUCUCCUUCUAUUUCUAAGUGCGACAUCACCGCCUGUCAGGUGCAUUGGUCCCCGAUCCUCAACAUGACGGUCACCGUGAAAGCCUAUCUGCUGGGCAAGGAUGAGAGUCACAAGGAGAUCCGCCGCUUCCAGCUCGAGCUGCCAGUCGCUGGCAAAGGGAAGGCGGCCUCUUCCGGGUCCAGCUGCGAGAUCCUCGCUAACAAGGUGACAGAUGUCUUCCAGGGCCUGAAAGGGGGAGCCUUCCAGAUGUUCUACAAAGAUGAAGAAGGGGACCUGGUUGCAUUUUCUACCGAUGAGGAACUUCAUAUGGGCCUUUCUCUGCUGAAUGAAGAUGUGUUUCGUAUUUACAUUAAAGAGAAGAAAGAGUGCAAACGUGAUCAUCGUGGACACUGCGGGCAGGAAACCCAACAAAACGUUGUUCACCCAAACGUGACCUGUGAUGGAUGUGAUGGUCCUGUAGUGGGAAACAGGUUUAAGUGCCUCAUCUGCCCAGAUUAUGAUCUAUGCAGCACUUGUGAGAAGAAAGGAAUCCACAAGGAACACAACAUGAUCAUGUUCCCUACCCCACUGGUCUAUCCACGUGGCCGUUGGUUCCGUAAAAUGCACCAUGGAGUUCCCAAUUUCCCUUGGAUGCAGGGCUGGACUGUUCCACCCAGAGGAUACCCCUGCCACAAAUAUCAGCAGGCCCAAGAAAGCACCCCUCCUCAGAAUGAACCCCCUGCAGAGGAAGCUGCAGCCUCCAGUGACCCACAGUCUUCUCAAAAUCCCAAUGUUGACUUCCUUAAAAAUGUGGGAGAGAGUGUGGCUGCAAUGCUGAGCCCCCUGGGCAUUGAUGUGGACAUUGAUGUUGAGCAUGGUGGGAAAAGGACCAAAGUUUCGACUUCACAUCCCUGUUCUGUGGACGGAAACUCACAGCCAAACAGCUCCAACUUUUUCAUGGAAAGCCAGGAAAUUGGCAGCCGAUCUGACUCUUCACCUAAUCUCAUGGAAACUGAGCAAAUCGCAAAAAGAAUGAAAGAUAUUGCACUGAAUUCUUCUCUUCCACAAGACAAUGAACAAGGGGAAAACAGCAACGGCACUGCAGUGGGUGAUGACGACUGGACUCAUGUCUCAUCCAAAGAAGUUGAUCCCUCCACUGGUGAACUCCAGUCCCUUCAGCUCAUUGAGACAGGCCAGCCAUGUUCCUUAGAUCCAAAUAGAUCCUCUGCUGUGCCCACACACGCACCUACAGGACUGAGAGAAGCUGCCCUUUAUCCACACCUCCCACCAGAAGCAGAUCCUCGCCUCAUAGAAACCCUUUCACAGAUGCUGUCCAUGGGCUUCUCAGAUGAAGGAGGGUGGCUCACUCGGCUCUUGGAGGCAAAACAAUACGAUAUUGGGUCUGCUCUGGACGCCAUGCAGUCUAUCCGCCACAUUCCUAACUCCUAAGCAAUACAUUGAGUUUAACCAUUCUGUUGUUCUAUUUCUAUUCCUUGUAUUAUCAUAUGUUUAUUAAUGUAAUCUGACUUCACACACUGUUGCGACUUGCGGAAACAAGGGAGACAAAUCCUUUGUUUCUGUUGGAAGUUAAAUAAAAGUUUUUGUUCCUGCUCUAGAGCAUUCAUUUAUUUUAAGGUAUAAUUUCUAUGAUUUUCUCCUUCCAGAGUCAGUCAAGCAAAGGAUACUGUUACCUGACAAAUAUUACUGAGUAUGUAAAGUAAAAUAAGAGUUACCUUUAGUACCACUUUUAAAUGUGCCUGUGUUAUAGUCUUUAUCCUGGUAAUGAACAUAAAAUCACUCUUUUCAGAGUGUGCUGUUCCUGUACGCAAAAUAACAUUGCUCAAUAAAACUUUUAUUCAACACA